AGCCGAUACACGCAUAGAAAUACAAAUAAUCUGUGUCACAGGCGGGGGCAAUACCCAAGUCGCACCAUUCUUCGGCCAGAGAAACACAAAGGCACGCCGAAGAACAGACACACACACACACACACACACACAAGAUUAAAUGCGAAGCAAACCACGGCCUAUAGAGGAGAGAUCACCACGUGUGCAAGAUCCCUGAAGGAGUCGAUUUUUGAAUUACGUCUAACGACCUUUUUUUUCCUUCUUCACCUUACCAUAUCGACCCCAUUACCCAAACGCCUCAACGAUAAAAAAGAAACCCCCGUUUGCAGAGCGAUGAGCAGCACCACAGAGUGGACGCGCUUCCUCACCUCACUGGAGAAGCGAGGAAUCCGGUUUGAUCAGGUGCAACUGGCAACAAAUCGUCAAGAGGUGAUCCGAGCCGCUGGCAUCACCGACGCGCUCAGUAUCGCGGUGAUAGAGACGGAGUGGCAGCGCAACGUACUGAACCAUUGUGCUGGUGACGGUAACGGCUUUGCAGCGAGCGCCACGAACCCUAGCGGUAUUCGCACUGUUCGCAAGUCAUCGUCGUCUUUGAAUGCGAACUCGCUCGCCCCGUUGUCAUCUCAGAUAGUCACGCCUGCCGCCGCUAGCUUGAGUGGCCUGCCUGCACUCGACGAGCCUUCGCAGCUGUCGAAGUUGCCCGAGGAGCUGCAGGAUACGGUAAUCGCGGCGGAGGUGCUGACCUCCGCCGUAGGACUCGGAGGACUCUUUAUGCAGUACACUCCGGAUGCCGCCUCCGCCGGCGGAGGCUUCAGCGUCUCCUCACUUGUCCCUCCUUCCAUGCGCCACCUGUGUGAAACGGUGCUACCUGUUGCCGAUGCCUUUGUCGCACUGCGCUGCAUUGAGAAGGCGGAGUAUGAAAGUCGUAGCCUUGUCUUGAUGGCGCUCGGCGAGGUUGUGUCAGAGAUCAACACGAGCUACGCGCAUCAAAUCUCGAAGCUGCAGCUGUGGAGUGAGGGUCGUCCGAUGCCGCUGAUGGGAGUCGUGUCGGAGGUGCUGCGUGUGGGGCACCACAUUGUACGGCUGCGGCAAGUGCUGCCGAUGGACCUCAUCCAAACCGCGCUGGCCGACGCCGCGGCGCCAACGGCAUCGUCGUCGGCGUCGUCCGGACUCGUAGGGCCGCGCAUUUUGAACCACUUAUGUGAUCAGGUGAACAAGUUCUCCGGCAGCCGCGAAGAUCACGAGCUGCUUAUGCUGCUGCUUCGCCGCACGUUGGUACCCUAUUUGCGCAUGCUGCACCGCUGGAUGCACACCGGUGUCCUGGAUGACCCCUACGAGGAGUUCUUCAUAUCCGAGGUGUACCGCCCCGCUCGCCCAGCGCCGACUGCCGCCAACCACCUCCAGCAGCGACACGUGGGGCAGUUCUUUCUGGACGCCUUGGUGCCGUCCAUGACGAGUUGCGGUGGUGGCUACGGUGGGCUGUCCGACGGAGUUGGCAGCGGUAAUGGUGGUGGCAACAGUGGCAGCAGUGUAGCGGCGGGAACGCAAGGCCGCUACGGCACGAGCAGACGGACCGCCGCCCAGCAGGACGUCGCCGCCUUCGACCGCCGCUUCUCACUCAACAAGAGUCUCAUUCCUGUCUUUCUCAACUCGCCAAGCAAAAUGGCGAAGAUGAUCUUUUUUGCCGGGAAGUACUGCUGCCUGCUGAGGGAGUACGGCGCCCCGCUGCCGGCGUUUGGCGGGGCUGCUGGCGAAGGAGCGGGGAGCGCCGACGGCAGUUCCCUCCUGACGUGGAGCGGGGCCGACCAGCUGCAGCGGCAGGUGCAGGAGUCCUUCGAGGUGGCCAGCGGCGCGGUGAUCCAACUGCUCUUCGCCCCCUCCAUUGACCUGCUGGGCCACCUCAGAUCGCUCAAGUUGUACUUUUUGCAGGAGCGCGGGGACUGGGUGGUGGACUUUCUCGACAGCGCUGACAGUCUUCUUGUGGAAUACCCAGACCGGGUCAAGGCACACUCGAUGCAGGUGCUGCUGCAGGCCGCCAUCGCACGCAGCUGCGCCAGCGACCCCUAUCACGACCUGAUUGGCUGCACCUUCGCGGGGUGCACACUGGAGGAGCUACUGCAGGAGCAGCACCGGCAGCGGGAUAGCGGCCGCGAGACGGUGCGAAUCGAGGAGGGCGGCAUCGGCCUCUUGCCGACACGUCGCAGCACCGGUGGUGGCAACAACAAUGAUGGCGUGGGCGGGGAGGUGGAUGCCCAUCGCAGUCUGGAGCUCCUCCAACUCGAGGCUGACCUUCAGUGGCCCCUCACGUUGGUGCUGGACGCGAAGGUGCUUCAGCGCCUCAACGUAAUCUUCCGCCUUCUUAUUUGGGUCAAGACGUGUGAGCGUCGCCUGUGCGAGCUGUGGUACACGAACGAGAUCCUCGGCGAAUUCAGCGCCGCCUACGGGCUGAAGCACCAGUUUGUGCAGUUCCUCCGACAGUUCCAGUUCUACGCCGCCCACUUUGUGCUGGAGCCGCUGUGGAGUCGCCUCAUUGCACGGAUUGGGCAGACGGACAGCGUCUUUGCCAUCUCUCAGGCCCUGACGGAGUUCUUUGAUGGUGUUGAAACGGGGCUGGUGCUGUCGAGCACGCAGCGCUUCCGCAGCCUGGCGCACAUUCUCGAACUGACGGAACGCUUCUGCGAAGUUGGCAUGCACAGCAGCACGGCGACCAUGCCGCUCAUUGAGGCAACGCUGCACUCCGUGGAGGACCAGUUUUUGAGGGCGCUGUCGGAGCUCGCGUCGCCGGUCGGUCCCGACUACCCGCAGCUGGUCCCGCUUCUCACCUGGAUUGACUUCAGCCGCUUCUACGAUCAGAACAACGUGUACCACGUCCAGCACAGCAGCAGCAGCAACUGCGGCGCGUCGACGAGAAACGAAUAG